AUGAGUCUUGUUGUAUUGCUUUCCAUCCUCUCAUUACAAGUAACUGCAUUUGUUCCAACGCAAACGUGUUGCCACACACAUAAACCUCUAAAGUUUCAACUGGAGAGUACAACGAAUGAUGUGGAGAUAUCUUUUUCCCACCUCCAACUCUAUACCGAUCACAUUGGGAGUGUUUCAGAGUACAAGGAGCUGGAAGAAUCCUUGAACUCUCUCUCACUUUAUUCAAGCUCUAAAAGUUUGUCAGAAAAACGCGAAUUAUGGAAGUCUCAAAACCCAUCAGCUGAUCCGGGCGAGCCUUUCAUCCCGCAAAAUCGUGAUGUGGUGAAGCAACUUUUGGUGGGUUUCGGAUUUCGAGUGACAGGUUGCCGGCUCCCUGAAGGAAAGGAAAGUACAAACACAAGAUCAUUAUUAGUCACGUCAAGGGACCCAAACGGUGUUCAGAUUGUUGUAACGGCAGCUGAUGGCGACAAGGAUAAUUCGUCCGACAGUUAUCAACAUUUUGACGCAGAAAAUAUUCAUCGUUUUUAUGAGCAUCAAGCACACAGACAGGGGAUUGCAGUUUUGGGAUUCGACGUCAAUGAUGCCAGCCUGGUCCACCAGAGAUACAAGGAGAAGCAUCCAAAUCUGAUUCACGCCUUCAACAACUAUGACGAUGCUCAAGUUCUCGAAGUUUUCGCGUAUUAUCACCACGAGGGCGGUUCAAAUGAUGAAAAUAGAAAAGCCGAUGCUGGAACUCUACUCAGAUUCAUUGAAAGCAAAGAUUCCAAGGACGAAACAACUUGCAAACUGCCCGGACUAGAUCGGGUCGAUGCAACAUUCGAUGAAAGUAGCCAAGCCGCGUAUUGUGAUCACUGGGUGUCAAAUGUUAUUAGCCGCACCGAAUUCUUAAGUACCUUGGAAGAUACGUUGGGAUUCACACCAAAAGUAGAUUUCAAUGCAGGAGUUGUCGCUGCCGGAGAAGCACAAAUUGAAAGUACAGUGACUGGCAACGAGUCGCUAUUCCGUGGUGCUGACAAAGCUGCAGUACUACGAGAUCAAAGUCAGGUGUAUUUACCUAUCAAUAAUGCGCUUAGCGAAGUCGGUCACGUGCAUGGUUUCUUGGAAGAGAUUGGUCAAGGAAUCCAGCAUGUCGCAUCCCGAGUUGGUAACCUGGUGGAAUUCAUCCAGAGGUGCAACGAUAUGCGCGAAGUCACUGGAGAGGGAUUUACAUUUCUAAACAUUCCAAGAUCCUACUAUGGAAUUGUGGAUGUCGCUCACUUGGUCGAAUGCGCUGGGAUGUCAUCAACUUUCGCGGAAGCUACCAUUGCGCUGUUGGAAAAUAGUGGCCACGUGGCACCCGAUGGUGCCGUUAGCCUAGAUGUCACAGAACAAAGCAUCUCCGAGAUUCUUGACAAAGAGCUUGGAGAAGACGAUUCCUAUCAGGUCAAGAAAGACGAGAUUAUUGCAGCUAUUCUAGAGUCACGCUACAAGAAUCUAUACAGCCUGUUGGGUGAUGGCGUUUCUGAAGAGACCUACUUGGGAAUUGUACGAAACAAGAUUCUUUGUGAUGUGCAAGGAGGCGAUAUUCUAUACCAAAUUUUCACCUCCAAUAUUCUGCAACGAGAGCCACAUGAGGAAGCCCCCUUCUUCGAAUACAUUCAGCGAGUCUGUGCAGAAACCAAAAGUCAAGAUGGCUUGGCUAUCAAACCAGGUUGUGGAGGUUUUGGAAUUCGAAACUUUUUGACCUUGUUCCUUUCCAUAGAGGUGAGCAAGGCCAUGUUGGAAGUUUCCGACGCCAAGGCGAGGGGCGACCAAAAAGCCCAGGAUCAUGCCCAACAAAAGGUGGACUGCUUCACCAACCAGCUCAACGAUUCGAAUCCGAUCUUGACGCAAAUAUCCGACGCCAUGACUAUGGAAGGCUACUGCAAAGAACAAAUGGCGAUGGGACUAGCAAAGGGUGACAAGGAAGCUUCCAAUUCCUGGAAAGUGAAAAUGGAGGAGGCCGCAUCCGAAAAGGCAAAGGGCAACAAACUGUUGAUGGAAUGCAGCGCACGAUACCAGGAUUUGAUGCGCAAGCUCCGAGAGGAAGAAGUGACAAUGGCUUCAUAG